AUAUAAAAUAGAAUAAUGUAAUAUAAUAUAUUAUAUUUUAAUCAAUAGCUAUUUCAAAUAUAAAAAAGUUAUGGAUAAAAAAGAAUAUAAAAAAUAUAAACGAAGAAUUGCUCAAACUCAAGCUAAAAUUGACAAUAAAGCUCCACCAUUUCAUGUGGCUUAUUAUUAUGAUAAACAUAAUAUGAGAAAUGAUUUGACUCGAAUACGAGAAAUAGACAGAGAAAAUAUGACAUUAUUAAGACGAAUAAACAUAAUUGUCAGAUUUGGAGGAAAUAUUGAUUGUUGGUUACCGAAAAUAACAUAUAGGCCAAAAUUUUAUGAACAACAAAAAGCAGAAAAUAAAAAAAUCAUGAUACAAAAUAAAAAUAUAUUACAAAAAAUUCAAAAUGCAACUAGUAAAUAUUCUACUGUAGAAUAUAUACAAAGUUGGAAGGAAAUGCAAAAGAAAAUGGAAAUAAAAAAAAGAUAUGAACAUAAACCUUUAGUAAAAGUUAUUGGAUUGCAGUUAAUUCCAGAUCAUUGUAUGGUUAAAGAUUUAUCAUUACUAAAGGAAAUGAAUCCGUCUAUUCGAACCAAAUGUUUUUUUGAAAUUGAAAUUAAAGGAGAUCAAAAAUUAGGAUGUAUUCAAUUCGAACUUUAUAAUGAUAUUGUACCUCAAACAUGUAAAAAUUUUGCAGAAUUAUGUCGUGGAUUUAAUGGUUUAUCAUAUAAGAAUACACCGUUUCAUCGAAUUGUUUCUGGUUAUUGGUGUCAAGGUGGAGAUGUUACAAAAUUUAAUGGAAGUGGAGGAAUUUCCAUAUAUGGCGAUUUUUUCGAAAAUGAGAAUUAUAAUUUACGUCAUGCUGGUCCUGGAAUUUUAUCCAUGUGUAAUGAGAAUGAGAAUAAAAGUAAUUCCAAAUUUAAUCUUACUUUUAAACAGUUACAUACUGUAAACGAAAAAAAUGUAGUUUUUGGAAAAGUUAUUGCAGGUCUUUCAAAUAUUUAUAAGAUUGAAGAAUUUGGAACAAAAACAGGAAAGCCAUUUAAAACAAUAAUUGUAUCUAAUUGUGGUAUUAUAUAAAAAAAUAAAAAUUAUAGAUAAAUCAAGUAAAAAUAUAAAAAAUGAAUCAAUUAUUA